AUGUUAUGCCUGAUCGGUGCAUAUUUAUUUAUAUUUAUCCUUUUUUUUAUAGCUUCAACUCCUUUUUUGUGUGUUCUCAUGUAUGUACUUAGCAGUGCAGUUGCAGCUGCUUGAUCUGACUGCAGAAAUGCUGCAGUCUUGUUGCUGAAUUAACCCUUUGAGUGCCCAGAGACCUAUAUUAGUACAUUACAUAUUUUAUUACUGUCAUCAUUUUUUCCACUUUUACCAAAAUAUCUGAAAUUUGGUGUCAGGCCACUUUGUACCACUGCCUGUCCAACCAACAUAUGAAAUUUGUCUUACUCAUCAUGUUUCAUGCCUUUAAUUCCAAUCAAAAAUUUACAUUUGGAGGUAAAAAAUUAGUUACAUGUUUCAUCUCUCACUAAAACCUCACAUACAUCCAUUAUAGGCCCAUACAUUUAACAUUUACUGGUGUCUCACUUAUUCUGUGACUAAUUUGGUCAUCUUUGUAGUUUUUUCUGUAUAGUAGCCUUAACCCUGGGCUACUGUUGUGGUCUCUGGGCCAUAAGGGGUUAAGAGCAUCCUGGGACAGGUUUUGCUUUGGACUCCACCCUCAUCUCUGCAUCUCCAUCACCGCUUCUGGGUUUCCCAGACAGUCUGCAGUGCCGCUCAUUUUCCUUCAUCCAGAGUUCUUCCCUUCAUUUUUCCUUCCCUCCACCUCUCUCCAUCUCUCUGUCCCUCCCUUAUCCUCAUCCUUCUCCUCCUCACCAUACUUGCUGCACUCCACACCACAUCCAUUAUCUCAGACCACCAUCCAUUUUGCAUAGUCCCGCUGUUUGAUACCAGUCAGAAGAAUGGGGAUCGAGAGUCAAGGUCCGACGCCCCCUGCAGGAAACCUGACUGCCCAGCAGGUGAAAACCUUCCAGAAGAUGGAGCCGAAGGCCCUGGGGUCAAUCCAGAUAAUCAUCGCAGUUCUGUGUCUGUGCCUGAGUGUCUCCAUCCUCCAGAUCUACUACGAGGUCCACUUCACUCCUGACGUCAUCGUGGUGGUAGUGAUCGUAGUGCAGCUGUUGGCGUCCGGCUCCAUCCUGAUCCAUGCUGGAAGGUUUCCCUCUUUAUUUUGGGUUAAAACCACGCUGGUGGUCCACCUGGUGAGCGCUGCAUUCGCCACGGCGAUGCUGGGCCUCCUGUCCCGACACCUGCCCUACCGCCAGGACUCCUACCACUGCGAACACUGCCGCAGACUGGAGAUAUACGCUGUGCAACAGUAUUGUUUCAAGAAAUGCACUUACACGGUCGAAAGAAACUGUAAACUCUUGAUUGACGGCUUGCUGGCCACGCUGGUGCUGUUCCUGGUGGUGGAGCUGGUGAUCUGCAUUGUGACGAUUCUCUUUGGACUCAAAGUUCUGGCUAAAGGUGGCCUGCAGAUGCUUGGAGUUGGAGGUCAGCGUGUGGAACGUCCUGCAGCUGCACCCACGCCUGAGAUCGCUCCAGCUCAGCAGGUGGAGGUGGUGGUGACGGAGGUGGAGCCUGAAUCAGCAUCGGCAGCAGUAGUAGAAGAAGUCCCCACCCCGCCUACUGAACCUCAGGUGGAGCCCAUUGACUCUAUAGCGGAGGUCUGACCCAGGGUCAUGUGAUCCCUCUCCUCCAGUCAGAGAGGAGAAUCAGAAAGGGUCACUGUGAGGGGUUGUAAUUCAGGAGAAUUCAUUGGAGGACUGAACCAGGCUGUAUAUAUCACUACACCUAGCAGAGCAUUCUCUGCUGCAGAAAGUACAACAGUGAAAGGGACUCAACUCAGCUCAUAACCAUCUGCCAGAGAUGAUGGAGGUAAACUGCCUCUCCUGCCAAGUAACCAUCACUAACAGUUGACUUUAUUCAUAACUACCACGCCACGUUUGAGCAACAGGCAGUGUCUGGUUAAGUGAGAAAUUGUGAUUAGAGUCAGUUUCGUCAAAGCAUGGUGACCUUAAGACCACCUUAAAGGGGCCAUAUCAUAGAAAAAGAAUUUUCCUUGCUUUUUUAUUAGCUUGAUCCACUUUGUAAAAACUGUUAAAUAUAACAUUGAGUGUGUUUACAUGCACUCAAAAAUUAGAUCAUAAUCAGAUUUCUGCAGUUAUCUGAUUAUUCGAAAGGUCAU